AUGAACUACGAAAGAAGAGAAAUUCAAGACUCUGAUAUUCGAAUUUCCUGCUACAUCAACUUUGUGCUCUCAGAGGGAAUAUCAGAAAACUCUAUGGAUCGACUCGAUGGAAUGAUGUCGGUUAUUAAUGGAGCACCACCGCCCGUAUCAUUGGGUGUUAUCAAGCGAGAGUUGGAGCUGCUCCGUAACGAGAUACCUACCGUAACCCUAUUCCAAUUGGAUAACGAGAUAGUUGGAGAUCCGAAAUUCGAAUGUAAUCCCGAUGGUAUCACAUUUUCCUUCAACACGAGAAACCCUUUUAAAGGAAACGUCUAUGUCCGUGGAUACUACAGUUCCACAGGUUGUCGUCGUCGAUUCGAUGCUCCUAAUCAAUCCGGCGCUUCGUUAUCAGUUCGUCUAGGUGAUUGUGGGAUGAGAAGAUCCCGCCAGAUCAGUGGACAUUUGCCACGUGGCGUUAAUCAGCAUAUCACAUUUGUCGCCAACUUUCAUCCACUUUUCACAACAAAAGAAGACCGGACCUUCAAUAUUCGAUGUUUUUAUGCACACAGUGAGAGUGUUGUGAAGGCGGAUUUGGCAGUUAGCUCGAUCCCUGAAGAAUCCUUCGAACAAAGUGUCACCAUUGUCCCUCAAUGCUCAUAUUCCUUAAGAGAAGGAACUUUUGAAGGACCAAAAGUCACAAACACACGAGUUGGGAUGACAGUGGUCCAUCGAUGGGAUUGUGAUACAAGUGGAAAUUAUGGGAUUCUGUUGAGAGGAUGCUCGAUUUUGGAUUCACGAGGUGUUGAGUCGGUUCCGUUGUUGGAUGAGAAUGGAUGCUCCGUGUCCCGAGACUUCCCCCAAGUCGUCUAUCUCCCAUCCCUGACCACAGCUUAUAUGGCAGUCGAGGCCAUCGCAUUUCCGGACCAACCAUCGAUUUCUUUCACUUGUCAAAUCAAAUUAUGUGAUAAGGGAAGCGAUGAGUGUCGAGGAAUGAGUCCACCAGCAUGUACUCCAUUGACACAAGUCCCAUUGUCCGGACAGAUACCUUUACCAUUUGAUAAUACGAUUGGUAACACUUUUGACGGAAUUCCCGUGGAGCCAUGGAUGAAAGAGCCAUCUCCACCGAUCGACGACUCCAACCAGACUACAGUGAUCCCAUCGGAGCCAAUGCCUCGUUUGAUAACAGAAGAUGAGCAAUAUCAAAUCGAAUCGAAUCAUGUGGAAGCGAGAGAAAAACGAUUCGCCCAUCGAUUGUUUAAUAUUUCCUCAGAGGAUCUUUUUGUGGAUCCGAUGGAUCAGGAACCAGUGGAUUUGGAAACUCCAGGAGCACCGAAAGAAUAUUCUGGAGCUCAAAAUUUUGGAAUUCAGAAGACGUGCAUUUCAGUCGAGACAUUUUAUAUUUCGGCGUUUGCUGUGCUUUUUGUUUUUGUGUCUUCUAUUGGGAUGGUCUGCUUUUUUGGAAGUCAUGUCUUGAAAAAUUUUUUGUAA